GUCUUUGAUGCCAGGACGGUGACCACCGCGGACGGGAUGUUCAAAGCGAUCUGCAAUCACAUCGAAUACUGCACGAACAAGGGAAACAUCAGAUCGGCGAUCACCGUGUUUCCCCAGAGGACCGACGGGAAGCACGACUACAGGGUUUGGAACCAACAACUCUUCGGGUUCGCCGGAUAUCCCCAGCCGGAUGGAUCCAUCCUCGGGGACCCCAUCAACGUGUGCAUGGAGUUGGGCUGGAAGGGGAAGGGGACCGCCUUCGAUAUCCUGCCAAUGGUCUUGUCGGCGAACGGAGAGGAUCCUGAGUAUUUCGUCAUUCCCGAAGAACUUGUGCUCAUGGUCAACAUCUCUCACCCACAGUAA